AUGAAGAAAGAAAUUGGAGACAGAGAUGGAGAAGCUGGCUGUUACACGAACCUUGGAACUGUGUAUGGAGCAGUUGGCGAAUAUGAGAAGGCUUCAGAGUACUUUAAAAAAGCAUUGGCCAUCAGUGGAAAUAUUGGUGACAGAGAAAGCAUAGCUGGGUCUUACCUAAACCUGGGAGCUGAACUUUACUCUCUUGGAAAGUAUAGCAGGGCUAAUGAAUAUAAUAAGAAAGCUUUUGUAAUUUUCACAGACACUGGAAACAGACACGGGUUGGCCACCUUUUACCUCAACCAAGGAGCCGUAGAGUUGGCUGUAGGUACCUCUAACAAGGCAAAAGAAUAUUAUGAAAUCGCUCUUGCGAUAAGCAAAGAAACUGGAGAGAGGAAAACAGAAGUAGAUGGUUACUUAUCCCUUGGACGUUUCUUUCUCGCGCAGUCUAAGUAUGAUAGAGCAGAAGAAUAUAUCAAGGAGGCACUUAACUUAAGUGAGAAGAUUGGAGAUACUGAGGGCCAGCUCCACUCACUUACAAAAAUAGCGCACAUUAGAAUGAAAGAAGGAAAGAUUGAGGAGGCGAUCUCGUAUUUCCUUUCUGGUAUGGAAAAAUGGGAGGAAAUUCGCCGCUCCCUCUGCGACAACGAUCAAUUUAAGGUCUCCUUCUCUGACCGCCAUAUUCGUUCUCACAGAGAUCUUAGCAUGCUGCUUUGUGACAUCGGGAAUCCUACUGAAGCUCUGUAUGUUUCAGAGCUUUCGAGGGCCAGGGCUUUGGCAGAUUUAAUGUCAGCUCAGUACUCUCUGGAGAAUAAAAUCUCCAUUAAUCGUCGAACGUGGGCNUGA